UCCUCCAAGGUCUAUGCAACAUUACAGCAAGAGCCCUGAGCAAUGCAAAACCUAGUCUAGGUGGCUGAGCACCCUGGGAGGCAGAAACAGGCAGCUCAGAGUAGCUGUCAGGUGGGAUCUUGAGGGGAAGAGGAGGAAUAAUGUAUUUGUGGCCUUGGACAUGAAGUUAUCAGUCCUCUGUUGCUGUUAACAUAGGGUCAGGGACUGAUGAGGGAAGCAUGGACCUAAUGAACGGGCAGGCAAGCAAUGUUAAUAUCGCAGCUACUGCUUCUGAGAAAAGUAGCAGCUCUGAAUCCUUAAGUGACAAAGGUUCUGAAUUGAAGAAAAGCUUUGAUGCUGUGGUAUUUGAUGUUCUUAAGGUUACACCAGAAGAGUAUGCGGGUCAAAUAACACUAAUGGAUGUUCCAGUAUUUAAAGCUAUUCAACCAGAUGAGCUUUCAAGUUGUGGAUGGAAUAAAAAAGAAAAAUAUAGUUCUGCACCAAAUGCAGUUGCCUUCACAAGAAGAUUUAAUCAUGUAAGCUUUUGGGUUGUUAGAGAGAUUCUUCAUGCUCAAACAUUAAAAAUCAGAGCAGAAGUUUUGAGUCACUAUAUUAAAACUGCUAAGAAAUUGUAUGAGCUCAAUAACCUUCAUGCACUUAUGGCAGUGGUUUCUGGCUUGCAGAGUGCGCCGAUUUUCAGGUUGACCAAAACAUGGGCGUUAUUAAGUCGAAAAGACAAAACUACCUUUGAAAAAUUAGAGUAUGUAAUGAGUAAAGAAGAUAACUACAAAAGAUUGAGAGACUAUAUAAGUAGCUUAAAAAUGACACCUUGCAUUCCCUAUUUAGGUAUUUAUUUGUCAGAUUUAACAUACAUUGAUUCAGCGUACCCAUCAACUGGCAGCAUUCUAGAAAACGAGCAAAGAUCAAAUUUAAUGAAUAACAUCCUUCGGAUAAUUUCUGAUUUACAGCAGUCCUGUGAAUAUGAUAUUCCCAUGUUGCCUCAUGUCCAAAAAUACUUGAACUCUGUUCAAUAUAUAGAAGAACUGCAAAAGUUUGUGGAAGACGAUAAUUACAAGCUGUCAUUAAAGAUAGAACCAGGGACAAGCACACCUCGCUCUGCUGCUUCCAAGGAAGAUUUAGUAGGUUCUGAAGUGGGGGCAUCACCACAGAGUGGAAGAAAGAGUGUAGCUGCUGAAGGGGCCCUGCUGCCACAGACGCCCCCGUCCCCCCGGAACCUGAUUCCUCAUGGACACAGGAAGUGCCACAGUCUGGGUUAUAAUUUCAUUCAUAAAAUGAACACAGCAGAGUUUAAGAGUGCAACGUUCCCAAACGCAGGGCCAAGACAUCUGUUAGAUGAUAGCGUCAUGGAACCCCAUGCACCAUCCCGAGGCCAAGCUGAAAGUUCUACUCUUUCUAGUGGAAUAUCAAUAGGUAGCAGUGAUGGUUCUGAACUAAGUGAAGAGACCUCCUGGCCUGCUUUUGAAAGGAACAGAUUGUACCAUUCUCUCGGCCCGGUGACAAGAGUGGCACGAAAUGGCUAUCGAAGCCACAUGAAGGCCAGCAGUUCUGCAGAAUCAGAAGAUUUGGCAGUGCAUUUGUAUCCAGGAGCUGUUACUAUUCAAGGUGUUCUCAGGCGGAAAACUUUAUUAAAAGAAGGCAAAAAACCUACAGUGGCAUCUUGGACAAAAUAUUGGGCAGCCUUGUGUGGAACACAGCUUUUUUACUAUGCUGCCAAAUCUCUGAAGGCUACAGAAAGAAAACAUUUCAAAUCAACAUCAAAUAAGAAUGUAUCUGUAGUAGGAUGGAUGGUGAUGAUGGCUGAUGACCCAGAGCAUCCAGACCUCUUCUUGCUGACUGACUCUGAGAAAGGAAAUUCAUACAAGUUUCAAGCUGGCAGUAGAAUGAAUGCAAUGCUGUGGUUUAAACAUUUGAGUGCAGCCUGCCAAAGUAACAAACAACAGGUUCCUACAAACUUGAUGACUUUUGAGUAAAAGCCUGAGAAAGAAGAGUUGAACCAUUACCCCUUGGUGGGAGUGGGGACCUGAAGAAAGGGCGCCAGUUGCAAACCAUCCCGUGCCAGAAAGAGCCCUGAGCUCCAUCUCAGCUUGGAGUUCUGAACCAAAAAGCACUAAUUUCAGGGAAUGAAGUGAGAUAUAUUCCAAGAGAACAAUAGAGUUGGCAAAACAAACUGCCAUGAACCAUGCUUCUUAUCUCUGAACUGACCUGUGGAAACCACUGCCUUAAAAGAAUGAAAGGAAAACCAACAUGAUACACCAAAUAGUGUGUGUGAAUCUUAUGGCGGUGCUGUGUUUGGAAUAGAUUGUAGCUAAUUUGCAUUUAUUUUAACUUUGUACUAAUUUUGGAGGGAGGAACCACCUUUUUUAGAUACACUUUAAAAAGGAAAAACAUUUCUUAUGGAUUACAUCAGGAACUGGCUUUGAACUAAUAUAGUAGGGAUUAUACCAGCAGCCCCCUCUUCCUCCUCCCCCCACCCCCAGCAAGGUUUGUUCAGCCUGCAGAAGUGUGCAUCCUCACUUGUUUCCUCACAGCAAGAGUGUGGGAAUUACAAAUGUUGAUAAUGUAAAUUGUGGUUUGUUUGGGAUUGAGGGGGGGUGGUUUUUUUGUUUGUUUUGGAUGAGGAGAGAUCUUUUUAAACACUAAUUUCUGAAUUUAGUACAUACGGGGAACAUUGUUUCCUGUCGGAGGCACAAAAAACAAAGUGUUCACAUGCCAGAGUUUUUUUAAAGUAGGCCCCAGAAAACAUGGUUGUUUUUAACUGGGUUUAAAGUUUAGCUUCCUCUAUGAGUUCAUUGUAGGUCAGACCACAUAUCUGGUAGAGAACUAUAAUCCCAAAAUAGUUUCCUGAGGUUUUACAUUAGUUAGGUUUUUUUUUUUUUUUUCAAGUUAAUUGGAUUAUCCUUUCUCCCAGUCACAGAUGAUUUUUAUCAUCAAAGGCUGGUAAUAUGGAUAUUUUCUUUAACAGUGUUUAAUGUGCAUAAUGCCAGAGUUAUUUUUUAUUCAUUGUUGGCUUAAGAUUCAACAUCAUAUUCGUUUAAAAGAUUCUUUAUUCGUGUGUAUGUAUUUUACCAUAAGACAAAAUAAUUUUAAGAGUGAUAAAGGCUAAAGUUUGAGGUUCUACAAAUUUUAAGUCUCAUGCCUUUCCUCCUUAUAUGACUUACCAUAAGCAUACCAAACCAUUUUCCUAAAAGCUUACUUAUAGGUCCCUGACACCAACCAUAAUUUGUCAGUAAUUGACCAAGCAGUCUUAAGAGAGCUCUUCUAUGCAAUAAUGCAUUCAAUAGCUAACAAAUGCUGACCUUAAAAAUGAAAAGUUUGAAGAUGAGAUACCUUAGAAUAAAAAAAAAAAAAAGAAAAAACACUUGAAUAAAGAUUCUAUUGAAUGUUACAAACUUGUGAGGCAUAAAUUUUAGUAGUGGCCCAGAAUAAGAAAAGCAUUUUGACCGGUACCUAUUAACCGACUUCUGUUACUUUGGGCCUCACAUGAAGUUCCUCACACUUGUAUUCUUAAAGAAUUGUAUACUUCUUUAAAAGUUGUAUUUUACCCUUAAGUCAAUUAAACUUAAGUAGAAAAUACUGCAUAUACAAUAAGUAGCUAAAAAUCUCUCCAAAGGAAAGCAAAAAAGCUUUUUCUGAGUGUUUUUAAUUUAAAGGUUUCAAAUGUGUUUCUCAUAUAACAGUUAGAAGUACAUAGUGACAUAGGCUACAGAGUGCAAGUAUUGCCUGUGGUGAGUGAUUUUUCAAUUAAUCUACGCUUAACCCAUGUUGGGUACACAUAGAUACCAUCUGCAUAGCCAGCAGUAUUACUGUGUAGACCUUGCACAUCUUUUAUUUUGCAUUUUUGAAAAUUUCUUUAUUUUUGUUCAUAAAUAACAUUUUUAAUAGUAUAUGUGCUUUUUAAAAAAUACUGUAAGUUAGAACCCUGUGGAUUUUUUUCUUACUAUUUUGUCUUGAAUAAGCUAAAACAGAUACAUAUUGGAAGUUAACUAUAUCUGUGGAGAUAGCAAUUCAAAGUCAGAGCCUGACAUCACACAGUUUUGCCAAAGAGAGAGCACUAAGAUGGGAGAUGGGUUUGAUAUUUUCAGUUCUAAACAUUAAUGGAUGCUUUAUAGAAUAAGAAUGGUGUCCCAUAUUUGAAAUUCUGGCCUUUGAAAUUCUUAAACUUCAGUAGAAAUAAUUUUUCUGUCAUCAAAUUUGUUCAUUCAAAAGAUUAGUCAUAGCUUUUUGGGAUUAUUUUAGCAUUUGAAACAAACUG